AGCUGCCAGUGAUGACACGAUCAAGUUUGCUAGGGGCCUCGUGGAGCAAGCCUCGAAUAAUCCACUGAUGGUUGCCGGUGGAGAAGAGUCAGUUACUAGUCAAUUGUCGAGCUAUGUUUUGUUGCAGUGCACAAGAGAUCUUAAUAGUGAAGGCUGCAAGAACUGCUUAGAAACCGGGUUGAGCCAAGUUAGUGCUCAGUGCAACCAAACUAACGGGUGGCGAUAUGUAUCAGGAAGCUGCACGCUGAGGUACGAGGUUUUUCCCUUCUUCAGCAUUUCGGCAAUAUCAACUCUUCAGUCUCCGCCAGCAGCUUCUCCACAGGGCGAAGAAGAGAUGACAAAGAACAACAUGUCAAGCGCUAAGAUUGCCUCCAUUGUUGCACCUAUUCUUGGAGCAGUUCUUUUGGGCCCUCUUCUAUACUACCUAUGGCGAAGGCUGAGAAGGAAAAAAGAUAGAGGAAGAUCUCCUUUCAGUGAUAUUUCAAAUUCACCGGACACAGAUUUGCAUCUGAUGGAUUUGGUUACUAUACAAGCAGCCACGAGUAACUUUUCCGACAACAAUAAACUUGGGGAAGGUGGCUUUGGCCCUGUUUACAAGGGCAUACAUGGCAGAAAAGAAAUCGCAGUUAAGAGGCUCUCAAAAAAUUCCAAACAAGGUGCUGCUGAAUUCAAGAAUGAAGUGAAACUAAUUGCAAAACUUCAGCACAGAAACCUUGUUAGACUUUUGGCUUGCUGCAUUGAGAGAGAUGAAAAACUAAUAGUUUACGAAUUUCUUCCCAAUGGAAGCCUGGAUGCCUUUCUUUGCGAUCCAAAUAGGCGUGCUCAGCUGGAUUGGAACAGAAGAAUACAGAUAAUUUCAGGAAUUGCAAGGGGUAUUCUCUACCUCCAUGAGGACUCGAGGCUCAAAGUCAUUCACAGAGAUCUUAAAGCUAGCAAUGUGUUGUUGGAUAAUGAGAUGAACCCAAAGAUAUCAGAUUUUGGCAUGGCAAAGAUUUAUGAAGUGGACGAAACUGAAGUUAAUACUAACAGAAUUGUUGGAACUUACGGAUACAUGGCACCUGAGUACGCAAUGGAUGGUCUGUACUCUGAGAAGUCAGAUGUGUAUAGUUUUGGAGUUCUGCUACUAGAGAUCAUAAGUGGUGAAAAGAAUGGCCGCACACAUUUUGAAAGACAUGGGCAGACCCUUCUUAGAUAUGCAUGGCAGCUGUGGAACGAGCACAAUGCGGUGGAGCUGAUGGAUUCAUUGUUAGAAGGCUCAUAUCCAACAAAUGAGGCAAUGAAAUUAAUAAAUAUUGGCUUGUUGUGUGUCCAAGAAAAUUCAGAUGGAAGACCGACCAUGUCUUUGGUGGUUCAUAUGCUUCGAGCUGAGGAAACGGUUAUUCCCCAGCCCACACAACCCCCAACAUUUAUUAGACAGAGGACAUCAGCAUCAAAUGUUUCAUCAAAUACUCAUUCCAGUACUGAUCACUCCAUCAAUAGGGUGACAGAAAGUAUUAUUGAGCCUAGGUGAUGUAUUACUUUUAGCAAACAUUACUGGUGUAACAUAAACAAGUGGGUGGUUUCACCAAGGAAAUAACAUGAACAACCAAAGAAGCUAGUGGAUUUUGCUAGUGCUCUUGAUCUUAGAGAUCGCUAUGUUGAUGGCUUGGGAAUGAUCAAAAGCAGGGACAGCCCCAAGA